AUGAGUGAAAUCAAUCAACCCAUUCCUGGUGAGCUUGAGACUUCGCCACCAAAAACCACUACCCAACAUUCACAUACCAGUGGUUCUGAUCACGAAGCUAGUUCAUGCGAAGAAGACCAAGCUGGAGUGAAAAAGGAUACUAUGGUGGUGGAUGAAGAGGUUCAGGAUGGAGAUAAACCUGAAGAUGGUUCUCCUAACAUCGAAGGCACAAUCCAUGCCAACCAAGAGGGUAACGAUGGUGAAGUAGUGGCAAUGGGGGAGGACGACGAAGGCAACCAGACCCUACCCAAUGUUGGACAUGAUGGAAGUGAUGGUGAAGAUGAUGGAGACUCCAAAGAAGAGGAGAACAAUGGUGAGGGAACCAGGACACAGUCGAAGGACAGACUCAGAGUCAAACUCUUGCCACUCCAACAGUUGUGGCUAUUCCUGAAGGCAGAGUUUCGACAAGAAGCGCUGGGGGUUUUUCUUUUGAAGAACUAG